GCGCCGGUCCCGAGCCGCGGUUGCUGGGGCGGUGGCGGGCGAGGGUUGCGGAGGGUCGCAGGCCACCGCGCAGGUUGCCGCCUCGGGAGCCGCCCGCGGCCGGAGGCUAGGACCCCGCGGGACGCCCUCGGCGCGGAAUUUGUAAAUCAGAAUGAAAUCCUGCUACAUACUUCGUGGAAUGGGCAGAAUGCAAAGCACUGAUAAUAUGAAAUAUUGAUGAGGAUGCGGAGCAAUGAGAACAACAUGUAUUUUAUGGUACCUUUUUAGCCCGUAGUUUGUGUCUUGAAAUCUGAAGAUUCCACCAAGAUAUAAUAUGAACGGAACCUUCAGUGAUUUGGAGCCAUAUCCUUCUUAGACUGGUGCAGGACUUCAGAUUUCGUGAGAGUUUGGAACAGAGGCACACACUGCUUGUUGACUGCCACAGGCAAUAAUGCCAUCUCUGCCCCAGGAAGGAGUUAUACAGGCACCCUCUCCCUUGAAUCUGAAUACAGAAUUACCUUAUCAAAGCACCAUGAAAAGGAAAGUAAGAAAGAAGAAAAAGAAGGGAAUCAUUACAGCAAAUGUUGCUGGGACAAAAUUUGAAAUUGUUCGUUUAGUAAUAGAUGAACUGGGAUUUAUGAAAACUCCAGAUGAAGAUGAAACAAGUAACCUUAUUUGGUGUGAUUCUGCUGUUCAGCAGGAGAAGAUUGCAGAGCUACAAAAUUACCAGAGAAUCAAUCAUUUUCCAGGAAUGGGAGAGAUCUGUAGAAAGGAUUUCUUAGCAAGAAAUAUGACCAAAAUGAUUAAGUCUCGUCCUCUGGAUUACACCUUUGUUCCUCGAACGUGGAUCUUUCCUUCUGAAUAUACUCAGUUUCAGAACUAUGUAAAAGAAUUGAAGAAAAAACGGAAGCAGAAAACCUUUAUAGUAAAACCAGCUAAUGGUGCCAUGGGCCAUGGGAUUUCUUUGAUAAGAAAUGGUGAUAAACUUCCAUCUCAGGAUCAUUUGAUUGUUCAAGAAUAUAUUGAAAAACCUUUCCUAAUGGAAGGUUACAAGUUUGACUUGCGAAUUUAUAUUCUGGUAACAUCAUGUGACCCACUAAAAAUAUUUCUUUACCAUGAUGGACUCGUGCGGAUGGGAACAGAGAAGUACAUUCCACCUAAUGAGUCAAAUUUGACCCAGUUAUACAUGCAUCUGACCAACUACUCUGUGAACAAGCAUAAUGAGCGUUUUGAGCGAGAUGAAACUGAAGACAAAGGCAGCAAACGUUCCAUUAAAUGGUUCACUGAAUUUUUACAAGAAAACCACCAUGAUGUCGCCAAGUUUUGGAGUGAUAUUUCAGAACUGGUGGUAAAGACUCUCAUUGUAGCAGAACCUCAUGUCCUACAUGCCUAUCGAAUGUGCAGACCUGGUCAACCCCCAGGAAGUGAAAGUGUUUGUUUCGAAGUUUUGGGAUUUGACAUUUUGUUGGAUAGAAAACUAAAGCCAUGGCUUCUGGAGAUCAAUCGAGCCCCUAGCUUUGGCACUGAUCAGAAAAUAGACUAUGAUGUAAAACGGGGAGUACUGUUGAAUGCACUGAAACUCUUAAACAUCAGGACCAGUGAUAAGAGGAGAAACUUGGCCAAGCAAAAAGCGGAAGCUCAAAGGAGGCUUUAUGGUCAAAAUUCAAUAAAAAGGCUCUUACCAGGUUCCUCAGACUGGGAACAACAGAGACACCAGUUGGAGAGGAGGAAGGAAGAGUUGAAAGAGAGACUCGCUCAAGUACGAAAGCAGAUUUCACGAGAGGAACAUGAAAAUCGACAUAUGGGGAAUUACAGACGGAUUUAUCCUCCUGAAGAUAAAACACUACUUGAAAAGUAUGAAAACUUGCUGGCUGUUGCCUUUCAGACCUUUCUUUCAGGCAGAGCAGCUUCAUUCCAGAGAGAGCUGAACAAUCCUUUGAAAAGGAUGAAGGAAGAAGAUAUUUUGGAUCUUCUGGAGCAAUGUGAAAUUGAUGAUGAAAAGUUGAUGGGAAAAACUGCCAAGCACCGAGGACCUAAGCCUCUGUGUUCUAUGCCAGAGAGUGCUGAGAUAAUGAAAAGACAGAAGUACUACAGCAGUGACAGCAGUUAUGAUAGUAGUAGCAGCUCAUCAGAAUCUGAGGAAAAUGAGAAAGAAGAGUAUCAAAAUAAGCAAAGAGAAAAGCAAGUUCCGUAUAAUCCUAAGCACUCCAGCCACUGCAAGUUAAUUCAACAAUCCAAUUCCAUGAGGCGUUCAGUCAGCUGCCCUCGGUCCAUUUCUUCUCAUUCACCUUUCAGUGGGGACACUCGCCCCUUGUCUGCUCAGCAAGUGAUACCAGUAUCACGGCCAGCUUCAGCAUCUCGGUCACAUUCCUUAAAUCGGGCUUCCUCCUACACAAGACAACUGCUGCAGAACAGUGAUGCCAGCUCUUCCAGCUCUCAGGUGAGUGAGUCUUUCCGGAAACCGAAAACCAAAGAACAAGAAGACGCUCUAACAAGUCAGACCUUGUUUGUUCUCAAGGACAUGAAGAUCCGGUUUCCAGGAAAAUCAGAUGCAGAGUCAGAACUUUUGAUAGAGGACAUCAUUGAUAACUGGAAAUAUCAUAAAACAAAAGUGGCUUCUUACUGGCUCAUAAAAUUGGACUCUCUAAAACAGCGAAAAGUUUUGGACAUAGUAAAAAUAAGUAUUCGUUCAGUUCUUCCACGUAUCUGGAAGGUUCCUGAUGUUGAAGAAAUAAACUUAUAUCGGAUUUUCAACCGAGUUUUUAAUCGCUUACUCUGGAGUCAUGGCCAAGGACUAUGGAAUUGUUUCUGUGAUUCAGGAUCCUCGUGGGAGAGUAUGUUCAGUAAAAGCCCGGAGGUGGUGACUCCUUUGCAGCUCCAGUGUUGCCAGCGCCUGGUGGAGCUGUGUAAACAGUGCCUGCUAGUGGUUUACAAAUAUGCAGCAGACUCCAAAGGAUCCCUCUCCGGCCCUGGUCCUGACUGGGGGAACUCCAGGUAUUUACUACCAGGGAGUACCCAAUUCUUCAUGAGAACCCCAACGUACAACAUGAAAUACAAUACAUCUGGAAUGACUCGAUCCAGUGUUUUGUUUACAUCCCGAUACAGCCAUUUGUGAAAUCGAAGGGAAGAUUGCUGUAGGUUAUGCAUAAUAGUGAUUCAUUUAUUUCCUCAAGUUGAAACUGAAAAGAAAGUGACCAUUAAGUGCUGUUUAAUGUACAUAGGACAUGUAUAUGUGUGAAAAUACAUACACCCAUUCACUCAGAUAACAUAUAUAUUUAUUACAAUAUAUGAAAGAAUUCGCAGAAAACUGAAUAUAAGAAUUAGCCUUUCUGAAAAUGUAAUAAAGUAUGUUAAAUUGUUUACACAAAUAUGUGAAUGUCUACAGUUUGCUAGGUUUAUAAUUGACUCCUUCCUGCUAGAAAUGUUAUUUUUGCUGCAGAGUAUAUGAAAAAGAAUUGAUAUUUAAGAUCCCAUUACAGUGUUAAAUUAUUUUUUAGACAACACCACUUUUGACUUAAACCAUUAAUAGUAUAAUACCUUAUUAUUUCCCUUAUUCAUGUUAGCCAGUUAGAACAGAACACAAAAGAUAGAAGCCUGGUGUUCCUUGAUGAUAGGAUUAAAUAUAAAACAGGUUAUCAUUACUAUAGCACACUGUACAAUACUGGAAAAAAUUCCAACCUGAUUCUCUUAACAUUUUAAUUCCUCUACAUGAAAAUAUAGCUACUUGUAAUAAUGUGCAUUUUAAUGUACUAAGAUCACGUUAUGAUCUAAAGUGGAAGACAAUCUAGUUGUUUAAAAAUAAAAUGUAAAUUCACAUUUAUUUUUACUUUUCAUAGGGAGUCACAUAAAAGAAUAGGAAAAUAUGGUACUGAAAGAAUCUUUCUGUAUGACUUUUGUCUUAUGCCACUCAUUUUUAUUUGGAAAAUAUCUUUGAUAGACUGAAUAUAUGGUUAAAUUUAAUUCUCCUUCAGAAGAGUUGACACUUCAAACUCAUUUUGAUGUCAUAGGAUAAUAUGUUAUGUUUACUAAGUGUUACAGUGUUGAGGCCAAUUUCCACUUGUUUAUCAUUGUAUUCCAGAAAAUAAUCUACAUGAUUCUGAACAGAAAAUUCAAAUGACAACUAUUACUCACGAUUGAGUUACACUUGAAGGUUUUUAAAAAUCAGUAUACAGCAUCAUUUUGUCCAAUGUUAUCAUGAAUAUAAGUUUCGUAGCAGUUUACUUCUUGCUUACAGUUUUUUAAAACCAGUGAGUGAGCUUUCAGUUUUCAUAUAAAUAUAAACAGCAGUCUUGACGGAGCUCCCUAGAAAGACCAAUAUUCACCUUUUAGAAAUGUAUUUAAACUUCUGUCUCCAAUGGUUUUUCUCACAGAUAACAAUUAAUUAUAAUAUUCAUGAAUGUUUUAACUCCCUUUAAUACCAUAAAUCUGUUUCCACUAAAUCAAGUAGUAGUCCAAAGCAGGAGAACUGAGGCAGGGGAAUUGGCCUGUUUUAGUUCACAGCUUGGCGAGCAGGUAACCUAAAGUUGGAAGUUACGUAUAUUUUGAUUUUAAAGCCAUUUUCUGAGAGUGUUAGUGUAAGAUAAUUGGAAUUUUCCUAAAAUAUUGCUAGGUACUUCAUUCUUUAUAACUGCCUACCAUCCACAUGCCAGGGACAUUUUCUUGCUGGCUCAGUUUCAAAUCACUUGCUGUUGUCUCUGAGGAAGAAGUAUAAGACUGUCAAGAUGAAGGAAGUUAGUGUAGGUAUGUGACUCCAAAAAUUCUUAAAUAUGUGGGAGAUUUCUUAGAAUAAUGCAAAGUUGGGAUAUUGUAAAAUUAAUAUAUAAGAAUGAUUAGCAGUAAGUCAGUGUAUGUGUAAUUUUAAUCAUUUUUUAAUUCAUUAUUUGACCACAAAGGAGAGACAACUUGAAAUGAAGCAACUUGAAAUGACUUGAAAUAGUAUAAACCCAGUUUAUUGGCCAUUUAUAUACUUUUAGUUUAAAUACAAAUGGUUCUUUAAUUUGCCAGACUGUUUGCUUUGGAACUUCAGACUUUUGUUGUAUAUGAAUGAAGUACUAUUUAAAACAAAUGAGAAUAUCCAACAGUGGGAGGAAUUUUCCUCCAGAAAUAUACACAUGUACAUGCACAUACACAUAUGUGUUGAAAACUAUGAGUAAAUUUAAAUGUACGAAACUACCCAUCUGUUGAUGGACAAAUUUCAUUUCUCUAGCUACUUAAGUCUGGCCUUACUUUAAAUGCUACGGUCUUAUUACUCACGUUUGUCUAUUUUUACUGAUCUGGUUUGAUAUGGUGAAGAUACGCAUUAAAACUGGGUGCUCAUUAUUUAUAUACUGCCUGCUAUGCUAUGGACUAUGGCUGCUGUAGUGCUGCUCUCUAAUGAGGAACUCAGAGAGGACACAAAAAUGAGCCAAGGAUGUGUAGAGGCCAUAGAGAUGUUUAGAGGUCUAAAAUACUCGUUAGUUUUGAUUAUAAAUGUUUUCAUUGGAUUAAAAUAGAUCAGCACAAGUGAUAGUGUAGGUCUCACUCUCCCCAUCUCUUUCCCACAUAAGAAAGAAAUAGCUAAAAUAUUUGAAAAACUCUGAAUCUAUUUUAUCUCAUCAGAGGUUUUAGAAGGUAAUUUGCUGACUUACAAUUGAAAUAUAAUUUCAUUUUGCUAUAGGAAAGCAUAGCCCUACUCAUUUGGUAAAUCUUAAGAGAAAAUUCUUUCUAAAAUUAAGAUUGGAAUGAUUUCCAGAAUUGUCUAAGAAACAACCUUUUUAUUUUAAAUCAUCACCCACAAAUAAAGUCUGCAACUACAAAUUAGUUUUCACCGUGAAUAAUCCAACCUUGUGUACUAGUUACCAUUUCCUGUGUGUGACUGGUUGAAGGUAGUGCUGGGCUUUGUUUAUUGAUUAGUUUUACAAGCAACAAGUUUUAUUUAAUUAGCAUUUUAUUAACCUUGAAUAGUAAAAAUGAUACUGUAACAAGAUCAAAUGACAGGAAGAACUUUCGUCUAGUACAUAGUUUUUCUGGUUACCCAUAAGAUACAAAGAUCAUACAGAUUUUAUCAUGUGUCUAAAUUAGGUCUAAAUAUGCAAAAUAUUUCUGCUAGUUUCUGCUCCCUAACAUUAAAAUGAAAUGAAACCCAACCAAGAAAACCCUUUGUUUUAUCUUAUAGUUGUGUGGAAUUAGAUAAUGGCAACUUCUAGUCAAUAAGAAGAGGAUUUCAUUUUCUCUUUUUAACUAGGCAAGUAGCUGAGUAGGGAAUUUUGUUAUCUAACUUGAAAUUUCAGAUAUUUUAAUAUAAAUUCAUCCAAAUGCAUCCUUCUUUAACCUAUCAAAGUCAUGUUGUGUAAAAACUCUUACAUUUAAAUUUAUAUGUUACUGAAACUUGUCAAAGUACCAAAAAUUGAUGCUUGCAUAAACUUCAUUAUUUAAUCUUCUGUAAAGGACUGAUUCAUUCUUACGUGUAUAUUCUUUAAAAAUAAAUAGGAAAUACCUCAAGAGAGACAGAAAUAUUUUCCUUUUAUGUUUUGUAUUCUAAUUUACAAAUUGAGUCUUGGUUUUACUAUAAGAGUUAAACAAUAAAAAGUAUAACUACAAUUUCUUGUGAUCCUGUGACAUGAUAAUUUUUGAAUAUUUGCUUUUCUCUUAAAAUGUAGAAAUUUAAGUUUUUAAGGGCCAUGUUAUCUAAAUCUUAGUUAUUAUUUAAAUACUUUGAAUAAUGGUAACAAAUAAAUUGGAACUUUAGAAGCAUAUUCAUGAUGAAAUUUUUAUUGCUUACACUGCUACCUUUUUUUCUCCUUUUCUAAUGUUCCUUUGAAAUUUGCAUGGAAAAGAAAAGAAAUCUUUCCUUUUAAAUCUUACUUUUCCAUGAAGUGUGUGGUGUGCUUUGUUGUUUUCUUUUUUGGUCUGGACAACAAUAUAAUUUAGACAAAAUUUGUUAUUGGACCAAGUUUAGUUUGUCUGCUGACAGUUUUAGGAAACAGGCUGAAGUUUCUAUAUAUAAAAUAUCAUUGGUUUUCUGGAUUCAUAUAAAGUAAGAUUACUACAAAUAACAGUCUUGGUACAGUAAAAUGAAAUGCAUAGUUUGAGAUUGCUGCCAUUUUUGAUGGGUUUGAUGAUUUUUUCAUCAUAAAUACAUAGUUUAUUGAAUGAAUAUUACUCAGGUUACAUUCUAAAUUAAUGGAGCUGUAUUAUAUAAGAAGAGUUUUAUAAAGCUUUCCUUUUAGCCCCACAUAAGAUAUUGGUAAAGACAUCAUUCAGUAGAGUAAUAAAUUCCUAAGUUAGUAAGAAGGCUUCUAUUAGGAAAGUAAUCAGGUGAGGCUGAUUAUUUCUUUCUCAAAUGUUCACAAAUCUUGGUCCUGAGUUAUUCAGUUGAAACAGUAACUUACUGUAUCUGCUGCAACAUGUGAAUAUUAAUGUAGAUGAUUCUGGGUUUGAGGAUUAGUUUGAAAGCAAAACUCUUGCUAACAUGAAUCAUCACUCAAAUUGUCCUCACGUGCUUUACUACCUGUGUAUGAAUAUAAAUGUUUCAGAGAAUAUGCUUGAAAUGUCAACACAGUGUGCAGUUAGCCUUGCAUUGUCAUGCUCUAGCAUGCGAUACCUGUAUGAGACAUUAUUUCAGCUACUCAGAUAUGUUACUGUAAUAAAAGUGUUUAACAUAAGAAAAUUAUAA